AUGGAGAAGCUCAAAUCACUAAUUCCUGAGGAUCUUCUGCAAACGGUGAAAUCAAGCAGCGCCGAUGAUCUUCCCUCCACUUCUUCGUCUCUUCUCCGUUUGUUUCUGUCUCUUCCCCAGUUUCACCAAGCGGUGAGUGAGUUAGCGAAUCCUGAUUUGGGUUGCUGUGGGAAGAACGAAGAGACAUCUCUAGACUUGAAACGCCGGGGAAAUCAAUGCUUUCGCAGCCGGAAUUUCGACGAUGCUCUGCGUUUCUACUCCAAAGCUUUACGUGUUGCUCCUCCACACGCCAUUGACGGAGACAAAAACUUGCUCGCCUCUCUGUUCCUGAAUAGAGCUAACGUCCUUCACAAUUUGGGGCUUCUCGAAGAGAGCUUGCGAGACUGCCAUCGAGCUCUUCGGAUUGAUCCUUAUUACGCAAAGGCGUGGUAUAGGAGAGGCAAACUUAACACCGUUCUUGGAAAUUAUCAAGAUGCAAUUCGUGACAUUACAGUUUCUAUCUCUCUUGAGUCAUCUCUGGUGGGGAAGAAGCAGCUACAAAGUGAACUUAAGUCUAUUCCGGAUUACCAGAAUAAGCAAAAACCGGGACUUGAUGAACAUCAUCAUCCAAGCAAUUAUGAUCAUCUAUCAAGCGUGCAAAGUGAAGUAAAGCUGCGUUGUGUAUCGACAAAGGAGAAAGGAAGGGGAAUGGUAUCGGAAUGUGAUAUUGAACAAGCUUCUGUGAUACAUGUCGAAGAACCAUUUAGUGUGGUCAUAUCGAAAAGUUGUAGGGAAACACAUUGCCACUUUUGCCUGAAUGAGUUGCCUGCUGAUGCUGUUCCAUGUCCAUCAUGCUCAAUCCCUGUGUACUGCUCAGAGUCCUGCCAAAUUCAAUCAGGUGGAAUGCUGUCGAGAAAUGAGAUGGAGAAGCAUCACAUUCGUCAGAAUCUACCUGAUGAUAUUGUGGAGCAUAUUAGAGGCGUUACAUCAGCUGUUGUGGUGUAUUCUGAAACUGAUUGCGUUCAAGAACACCAGCAUGAGUGUCAGGGAGCCAAUUGGCCUGCUGUACUGCCAUCUGACGCUGUUUUAGCUGGUCGAGUUAUAACGAAGUUAAUAAAUCAAGGGAAAACAGCUAUGGAUCUUUCCAAUCUUCAGGAGAUAUUAGAUUUUUCUCAUAGCUACUCCAAGAUGAGUCCAGAGAGCAAGUUGGACUCCCAUCUACUUUCCAUAGCAUUGAUUUGGUGCCUAAGUAAAUCUUGCUUGCCUGAUCUUUUGAUCUGUGAAGCUUCUGUGACGCAGACUAUCAUACUUCUGUCACAAAUCAAGGUGAACUCUAUGGCAGUUGUCCGUAUGAAAUCCAGCGGCGAUUAUUCCAAGUGUAUCCCAUCUGGAAACGUCUCAGUAAAAGAGCCCAUUCAGAGUUUAGAGCAGAUCAGAGUUGGUCAGGCUCUUUACAAAACUGGUAGUUUAUUCAAUCAUUCCUGCAAGCCAAACAUCCAUUUGUAUUUCCUUUCACGUGGACUUGUAAUGCGAAUAACAGAGUUUGUUCCAAUGGGUUGUCCCCUUGAGCUGUCAUAUGGUCCCGAGGUCGGAAAAUGGGAUUGCAAAGAUCGCGUUAGAUUUCUUCAAGAGGAUUACUUUUUCCAUUGUCGCUGCCGUGGCUGUUCUCAGAUUAACAUAUCUGACCUUGUUAUCAAUGGGUAUUGCUGUGUCCAUAAAAGCUGUGCUGGUGUAGUUUUGGAUAGUAAUGCAGCCAGAUUCGAGUCCAAGAAGCUAAAUCAUUUUUUGGCUGCUCCCAAAAGCCUAGAUCAUGAUGUUCAGGUGAGGGAGAAGGUGCAUGCUGAUGUCGGUGAGGUAGCUUCAAGUUUGCUUACAGAACCUAGAGGUUCCCUUCAUAUAGAACCGGGGAUAUGUUUGAAGUGUGGAUCCCGCUGUGACAUUGAAAAUUCUCAUCUUGAGGUGAACAAAGCUUGGAAUCAACUGAGAAGGCUGGAAGAGUUGAUGAAUUCAGGACGUGCCAAUGUUUCCGUAUUAUCAGAUUGUUUAAGGUCCAUCGCGGUGCUUAGAACUUUCCUUCACAUGUAUAACAAAGACAUUGCUGACGCGGAGGAUAAGGUUGCUCAGGCGUGCUAUCUAGCUGGUGACUUGAAGGGUGCAAGGAAGCAUUGUGAAGCGUCCAUUAAGAUUUUGAAGAAGCUGUACGAGGAAGAACACGUGGUGAUCGGAAAUGAAAUGGUGAAGCUUGCGUCGAUUCAGUUUGCAUUAGGUGAUUCCAGUGGAGCUUGGGACACUACAAAGUGGAUGUCUCAGAUAUUCUCAAAGUAUUACGGGUCACAUGCUGAGACUCUCUUCUCUUAUCUCCCAUGUGUUAAGCAAGAUAAGCUAUGA